AUGCCUACUGUUUGCCCAGCUAGAAUCACCCCUGAAUCCUUGAAAGGCAAAGUAAAGGAUGCACUUGAUGAUCUUCAGGCAAAAGACAUCAUCGAAGAAGUCAGCUCUCCAACUGAUUGGGUAAAUCAGAUGGCUGUGGUGCAGACAAAUUCUGGUAAAGUACGUGUUUGUCUAGACCCCAGACCUCUCAACAUCAUGCUCAAGAGGAAACACUACCCCUUACCUGUCUUAGAUGAUAUUCUACCUCAGCUUUCAGAUGCUACAGUCUUUUCGAUCUGCAACUUGAAAGACGGAUACCUUAACUGCAAGUUAGAUGAAGAGUCUAGUUUACUGACGACUUUUCCCACACCCUGGGGAAGGUACAGAUGGAAACGUCUUCCUUUUGGUUUGAAAGUCAGUAGUGAAAUCUUCCAAAAGAGGCUUCACCAAGCGCUUGAUGGUCUUCAUGGAGUCCGCUGUGUGGCCGAUGACAUCAUCAUCUGGGGCAACAGUGACGCUGAGCAUGAUGCCCGACUACAUUGUCUACUGAAGAGAUGUCAAGAUGUUGGCAUUGUGUUGAACAAGGAGAAAUGUUAG